CAUAAUGUUGUAUACAUACAAUUUAGAAAACAUAUUCUAAAAUCAAAAGGGUAUGCACCCUUUUUAUCCAUUUUAUCCGAGAGUUCAUUUUUACUGUACUUCAACAGCUUGUUGGUAACACUUCGUCAUAAAUCACAGUAACGUUAGUAUACAUAUGGUGCGGAACUGCAAUCAGAAUUCGUUGACAGGCUCGAUCAUUUUUGGACUAAUACAACCCUUCACGUGCGUGCCCCUCCAAUAAAACCGUUGCACUUCCCUUCGAACCCUCGUCUUAAAUUAUUCACGGUUCAGUUUCAUACUUUAAUUCGUCACAUUUGAUUACGGUUAUCUUGCUCACAACGCGUCACCAUUUGACGUAAGUGACUACAACCCAACAGCAGUUGCUAACGCAUUUGUUGUUGUUGCUGAUGUGCUUCGAAUAUUUGCUGUUAUGCUUCAAAUACAUAGUAGGUAAAGUUUUACGUUAGGUCAAAGCUUAAACUCACUCUAACGAACUGCUUUUCAAACUUUACGGUAGCAAACUAAUUAUUGACAGAUUAAUAAAUGACACGGUAUUUGGCAUUAGACUGAAAUAUACAUGGCCAGGAGAGGGAGCCGCAACUACAGUUUUCAUGAUCUAUUUUGUAAGCAGAGGUUAGAAGUUAAAAACGUAUAAUUUUGCCAAUCUAGUACUACUACCCAGUGAACCCUAGUUAACGUCAGGUGAAUAACGACAGUAGGCUGUUAUUCGCCAAGAGACGAAAGUUGUUCUUCAGGACAUGGAGAAGGCUGAAGUGAAGCAGAUCCGCACUUCCCAUGAAUGCCUACAGAGAGAGCAUCUUCCAAAGCGACCCUACAGGAGGAAUCAAACCCAGUGUACACCAUCGUCAACUCUACCACCUCCACCCCAAACACUUUUUCCUGAAUUGUUGAAAGUAAAAACAGAAGUGGCCGCUCACCCUGGAAAGCCAAACGAUGCCCCAGUAGUGCUGCCUACUAAACAUACUCAAUACACAUCGACUUCAGGAGCUUCCAUCAAGGGCCAUCCAUUGGCCGUGAACAUGACCAGUUAUCCCCCUCUGAGCAAACCCAGCCCUGCAGGACUAAAGCCUCCACCCAAUAGGCCUGUUAUUCUUCACAGCGGGAAGACUGGAGAUGGUUAUCAGCAAUUCUAUCUGCAGACAAACAGUACAAUAUAUCCAGCUGCCACAGGGGACAUGUCAGCCUACCAGCUGCACACCCCGGCCUCCAGCCUGCCCCAGGGGGUGGGGAUGGCCCACCUCCACGGACCCCAGAAACCCCCUGAGGUGAUCACCCAAAAGAGGGAGCUCCGCCUCAUGAAGAACAGGGAGGCAGCCAAAGCCUGCAGGCAGAGGAAGAAGAGCUACAUGAGCUGCCUGGAGGCUUCAGUUGCCAGGCUGGAGGAAGAGAACAAGAAGCUGAGGGCCAGGCUGCAAUGUUUCCAGAACACCUACAGCCUACAGUGAGAAAGGUCUGAUGGCGGACAUCCCCACAGCCCCCUAAAAAAGAUUUCACAGAUAUUUUUUUCCAAUUGCUCUCAUGAUCAAGCCACAGUUUGGCCACAUUCAUUCCUCUGUGAUCCCUUCAUAGAUAGGCUUCAAGGGAAAAAGAAAGCCAUUACUUCAAUGGGAUUUCUGUUUUAUUGUGCAGUUUGUUCUUGGCCAAUGCAAUGCAUGAUUUCAAUUUGAUCAGGGAACAUUAGGCAAUCAGAAGCAAAUAUCAUAAUCGGAAUCAGAGCCUUUAGGCCCCCCCACUAAGCUAGAUGCACCACACAUUACCAAACAGCCUGGCAUUCAAGCCACCGCCACACUUCACGUUUUGAAUUAUUAUUGAUGAGAAUAUUUGCUAUUGGUCCUUUGCUAUAGAUAUCUGUUGAACAAAUUGGCUAGUAGCACACAUUGUUUACAUGAAAAGUGCCAUCGUUAUUGAAUGUAUAUGGUUUCAAAAAGCACAGAUUAUUAACAUUGAUGAUUCAUGUUUGUUAUGCUAUUACUAAAUGCUUCUGCAAUUUUUUAUGCACUUACUGUAAAGUUGUGUUUGUGACUUUAUUAAUUUGAUUUGACUUAAGUUAAACUAUUAGGAAUGUAUUGUUCAGCCAUAUUGUUCCGAUUUAGAUUAGUUAUUAUUAAUAUUCUUAAUAACCUAACUUUUCUAUCGAUUUGUAAAAACUAUGCUACAUUGUUCAUUUUAUUGUUUAAAACAAGUGCUUAGUAUUUUUGAUUCUGUACAGUGCUUGUUUUUAGUGAAAAGCUUUCAUAUAUUUGUAAUAAAUGUUUUCAAGUGUCCACUUUUUUUGUGACAUCACAACAAUUAUGUAUGCCUUAAGAACAACCCAAAACAUGAAAAUAGUAGUUUUAAGAUGAGCGAGGGAACAGCAAGGCCUGAUGAUGUUGUGACACCAAAUCAUAGUGUUACUGUGUCUAAGACCCAUGAUAACAGCCUUGUGUGGCCUUGUGGUUGGACUGUACACUCUGAGACACACAC